CCAGCAGAACACUCAACUAAAAAACCACCACCGACCAAAUCCAAAUCUCUCCUAGGCUGGGUCCAUAUUCUUGUUUGUUUUAUCUUCUUCUCCACAUUCACAUCAUUCAUUCGUUGGUUUUCGUCUCUCUUUUUGAGCUGAAAAAUAUUCCUCAGUCUCCUCAAUUAAUUAGUCACCAACCACACCCCCCACUGAAAACUGACUAUUUUUCUAACUAAUUAACUAACUAACUUGAUCAUUUGUUUGUCUGGGAAGGGAACUUGUUCUUUUUGAUCGUUCGGAAAAGAUGAGUACAUUCACGAAAAUUUUCGGAUUCAAGAAAGAUGAAAAGGCCAUCACUUCUGGGGAGGCGAUUCAAAAAUUGAGAGAAACUGAGGAAAUGUUGAUGAAGAAGCAGGACUUUUUGGAAAAGAAGAUUGAAGCCGAGUUAGGAAUUGCGAGGAAGAAUGGGACGAAAAAUAAGCGAGUCGCUCUGUCCGCACUGAAACGGAAGAAACGUUAUGAGAAACAAUUACAGCAAAUUGAUGGGACCUUGUCCACCAUUGAGAUGCAGCGUGAAGCGCUGGAAAGUGCGAAUACAAAUACUGCCGUCCUCAACACGAUGAGCGAAGCGGCCAAAGCACUGAAAGCGGCGCAUCAACACAUGGACGUCGACAAGGUUCACGACAUGAUGGACGAUAUCGCCGAGCAACAAGAAGUCGCGAGAGAGAUUUCAGACGCCAUUUCCAACCCGCUCGCCUUUGGUCAGGACGUAGACGAUGACGAGUUGGAGAAGGAGUUGGAAGAAUUGGAACAACAAGCGUUGGACGAAGAAUUACUUAAAGUUGGACCUGUCACGAAUGACUUACCUGUCACCCCGGAACAAUUGCCCAACGUACCGGCUGGAUCGAGACAACCUGCACGUCGCGUACAAGAAGAGGAUGACGAAGAUAUGAAAGAAUUGGCAGCCUGGGCAUCGUAAAAACUUGCAGAACACCUACCUGACUAUCAAAUAGAUAAGUUUCAAGCGCUAAAUAAAAACUAAAAUAUGUAUGUACCAGUGUGAUCUUAUAAUCACAAUUUUGUCAUAAAUAUUCAAUUUUCAAUUCACUAAACUACAUAAACUACUGUUGGAUAUUCACUUUAAACCUAUUAUUGCGACGAGUGAGUUAGGGCUUAUUUAAAUUGUGGUAUAAAAAAAUAGAAGUAAAACUCGGUAAAAAUAAAUAAAGAUACACAUGUAUUACGCCAUUUACACAACAAA